AAAACCAAAAACCCAUCUUAAUCAAACCUCUCAAAAAAACCAAAAUCCCAUCUUAAUCAAACCUCUCUCUCUCUCUCUCUCUCUCUCUCUCUUUGCUUACAAUUCUCAAAACUCAUCUCAUAAUACCCUCCAUAGCUUCUAUCAAAUAAGACUUAAUAAGACAUGGCCAAAAUCAAAGGUGAUCAGAAAGAAAGCAAGGUGGGUAAGAUCAUGAAAGCUCCUCUAAGGGCUUUGAUCAAGGCUAGAGACUUAUACAUAAAGAGCAUGACUCAGUGCUCGAGUCAUUUCGAUUAUGGAGCAGCCAUGGGGUGUCCCACGGCCCAUGUCAACACUCUGCCGAGAAGCUUCAGUGUCGGCUCUGCCAAGUCCACCAGCAAUACGGACGAUUUCAGGGAGCUUGUGAAGGCUGCUUCGGCGAGGAGCCUUGGCAGUAAGAUCGAUCAUCAUCAUAAUUUGGAUCUUAGAAAGUCUCCGGCGGCUGCUGCCAGACCCCAUAACUUGCCCAAAAGUCGAAGCGUGGGAUUCGGUCGGAUUGAUGAAGACAAGGCUUGUGAUGAGUUUGAAGAAAACGUCGAUGAGGUGAUCAGAACUACUAAUGUUUAUCCCAGGAGCAGAAGCUAUGCUGUUCAUAGGAGAACAUUGUUUUAAGACUAAGGGACACAUAACGUGUUUCUUUACUUCUUUCUUCCUUUCUUUUUUCUUUUUCUAUGCUGUUUGUUUUGUUUAUAAUUGCAAAAUUAAUGGGAAAUGUUUGUUUAUUAUGUUAAUGUUAAUGUUCAUUAAUUACAUAGUAUAAAUUUUCAGAGUGGCCGGUUGUUGUUGUUUUUUAAUCUCUGAUUUGUGAGUAUAUAUGGUUGGUAUAAUGGUAGAGAUUGUUUGAAUGUA